GUCACGACCACCACCUUCUUGCAUACUCGUCCGCCUGCUUGCGUUCUCUAUCCUCUCUCACUGUUACGUGCACCGAAACGUAUUGAAACAGGACCAUCGAAGCUACUACAUAGCGAUGUCAGACGACGAACUCAUCGGGUCCGAAGACGAGGAAUACACCACGCCAACCCAGCGCAAGAAGGCGAAGGGGAAGAAAGUGGAGGAUGCAGAAUAUCAGAUUCAUCACGCUCUCAAACCGCCGAGAGCGACAAGCUAUAGCGCGCAGGCCCUGUACGAACAAAUACACAAUGGCGAUAUUGAGCUCGAACCGGAGUACCAAAGAGAGGUCGUCUGGCCCGAAGUCCGACAAAUAAACCUGAUUGACUCGCUGUUUCGCAACUUCUACAUUCCUCCCAUCAUCUUCGCCGUCAAAUUCCACAGCGAUGGCACGGAGCGUCGCAUCUGCAUCGACGGCAAACAACGACUCACGUCCCUUCACCGGUUCAUGGAAGGCGAAAUACCGUUCCAGGACAUGGACUCGAACGAGAAAAUGUACUAUAAGGACACUGGCGCCGCUCCCCCGGGCAAGGGCAAGAACAAAGUCAAGAAACUCGUGCCGGAGAAGUAUCGCCGCAUGUUCGCAAAUAAGCAAAUCGUCUGCGUGGAAUACUCGGAUCUGAAGGAUGAAGACGAGCGAGAGAUCUUCAAGAGAGUUCAACUUGGCCUGGCCCUUACCCCUGCUGAGAAACUGCGCGCCAUCUCCUCCGACCGCGUCAGAUUCAUCGUAGCACUCAUGGAAAGGCACAUCCGUGACCCGUCCCCGCUCGGGCCCGCCACCCUUGACUGGGACCAAAGCCGCGGCUCCGACUUCCGCUGCGUCGCGCAAGCCAUACAAGCCUUCACGCGCUACCCCGCGGCUAAAGCCAUCCCGACCAUUCAAGCGACCGCCAAGUGGCUCUCGCAACCCGACUUCUCCGACGACUUCAAAGAGCAGAUGGAGGAGACCUUCACGACCUUCGGCAAGCUCGUCACCAUGGCCAAGGGCGGCCGCGGCCAACGACGUCCGUUUGGCGGCCGCUACAAGCACGUGGCACCCGUCGAAUUCAUCUGCUUAGCACUGCUCAUCGCCGUACACAAGGACAAGCUCUCCCAGGCGCAGCUCGCCGCAGCCAUCGUCGGUAUGCGCGACGAAGCGCGCGAGAUUCACCCGGAUAUCCGCAUGAACAGUAAAGUGUCUGGCACCAUGAUGAAGUACAUCAAAGAGAUCAAGCCGAGCGAUUUCCGCGACGUUGGCGAGGUGGUCGGUACGACGGCGGGCAAGAAGCGGAAGAAGCGCGCCAUGGCGGCGAGCGAUGACGAGGAUUCCGACUACGAGUCAGAGGAGCAGGAUGACGAUAAAGACCAACUCAUGGACUCGUCGCCGCCUUCCAAGGUCCCGCGGCUCCAGCGGCGUUCGAGGUCCAAGACGCCGCCUUCCGCACCUGCACCCGCACCACCCAACCCAUCGGUCAAACGAGAGUCGCCCGCGGUCUCAACUGUGCCUCCUGCUUCCGGCGCACGCCCGCUAUCCUCCAUCCCACCGAACGCUUACGUCGCCUCGGCCUCGCUGCCGCCGAAGCCGAUGCAGACCGCUGCUCCGCCUUCGGACCGGCUGGCGCCUUUACGCGCUGUCCAGGCCGCCCGCCAGGCUGCUGCCAGUGCAAGCGCGCCACGGCAACCGCCGCGCGGGCCCGCCGCACUCUCGCACCUCACCGCGCGCGACGGCUCGCUCGUUACCCAAGGGUACCCGCAGCCGCCGUCCGCCACCCCCGCGAACGGGUUAGAUCGGGCUCUCGCGGAGAAGAUGGGAUUCGGUGCGCCUGGUUCCGCGCCGUAUUAUCCUAAUAAUCCCUACGCGGCCGGCCUGGGCACGUCGUCGCCGAGGUCCAGCUACUCGAGCGUGGGCGGGUACCCGCCGCAGGACAGGGGCAGGAGGAUGAGCGGGAGCGAUCCGCGGCAUCCUGAUAAUCCGCCGACCGCUCCUCGAUAUGAUGGAAGCAGGAACGGGAGCGGGUCGUGGGGAAGUGGGACUAGAAGGGACAAUCGAGAAUAUGACAGGGGAUAUGGAGAAGACUCGGCCGGAUAUCAGCGGUAACUCUGAUUGCUCGCGACUCAAGCUUGGUGUAUGUUACUACGACGAAGUAUGCG